AUGGCAGACCCCCAAGUGGAAGACGAUAUCGCUCUCGAGGCUCCCGCAGCUAAAGUAUUUAUCGCACCGUCGAUCAACUCCGACCUCCUCUUCGCCGGCGCAUCAUAUACCCAUUUCUCCCCGGUGCCUCCCUCCCUCCUCCCAACACCCGACCCAGCUCACCUCACCGACUCCUCCAAAGCAGACCCCGGGCCCGCCUGCGCUCUCGGCGUCGACGAAGCCGGCCGGGGCCCUGUCCUCGGCCCUAUGGUCUACGGGCUCUUCUACCUCCCUAUCCCGCUUUCCGACCCUUUACUGAGGGAUACACACCACUUCGACGACAGCAAGGUGCUGACCCCCACCGUCCGCUCCAAUCUCAUGGAGAAGCUAUGCAGCCCCGACACAGAUCUACACUCGCAGUGCGGAUGGGCGGUUGAAGUCAUGUCCGCGCGAGACAUCGGCGCGAAUAUGAUGAAGCCGGCCGCGACCUAUAACCUCAAUGCCCAGGCCAUGGACGCUACGAUUAUGCUGAUCAAGGGGGUUUACGAGCGAGGUGUGAAUGUGAAGGAGAUUUUUAUUGAUACGAUUGGGAACCCAGAGACGUAUCAGCGGAAACUGCAGAGGAUAUUCCCGACGGCUAAGGUCACGGUUGCGAAGAAGGCGGAUAGUCUCUACCCCUGUGUGAGCGCUGCCAGUGUGUGCGCCAAAGUGACGAGAGAUGCCGCGAUGGAAGUGUUGUAUGAUAGUUACCUUUCCAAGACGUCAGACGGAGAAGAGGAUGUGGAAAUGGAGGGGACGAAGAUGGCGAAAGCUGCGGAGGAGAGCUCCUGGGGCUCUGGGUACCCGAGUGAUGCGAGGUGUACGUCGUGGUUGAAGAGAAGCAUGGACCCUGUCUUUGGGUGGGGACCGGAAUGCCGGUUCAGUUGGGGAACAGCGAAGGAUAUGCUGGAUGUCAAAGGGGCGGCUGCCAAGGUUGAGUGGCCGGUCGAGGAGGAUGACGAGACGAGCCGGUUGACAGAUUACUUCUCAGCCGGGAAAGAUAAGGAGGUCGAUGAACUGGGAAGCUGGUUUGGGAGGCCUGUCGGCAGUGAGGUUUUCUGA